AUGGUCCCUCUGGCGCAGAUGGAGAAUGAUUUUGCCGCCAAAUCUAGGGUUCUCAGCUUCUAUCGACAUGUUUCUGUAGACCCCGACAUCCGUGCGGCGUCGGCCAAUGCGCAGGCACUGUUUGACGACUUUGAUGCCGAGUGCUGGCGGAGAGAGGACAUUUUUGAGCUCGUGGCCGUUGUAUACCAUAAUUCCGAGGAGCUCACGGGUGAGUCCAAGCUGCUCGUAGAGACGUCAUAUCAUCGAUUUCUCAAGUCGGGCUUUGGAAUACGCGACGCCGCGGGCAGGGAACGGUUCGAGGAAAUCCAACGCCGUCUCAGCAUGAUCCACGCAGAAUCCCGCGAAAAUCUGAGCCACUGCACGGAUGAGAUCUUUUUCAGCCUGGAGGAGCUGGAGGGCGUUCCCGAGUUUACCGUCAAGCAGCUCGAGUAUGACGACAGCAGCGGCAAGCUGCGGCUCGAUCUGUCGAACCCGGCGCACAGGAACAUCCUCCCCUCCGCCAGCAAGAGCAGCACGCGAAAACAGCUCUUCCUUGCGAGUGAUGCAAGAUGCGGCGUCAACGUGCCCCUGGUCAAAGAGGCUGUGCAGCUCCGGUACGAAAUGGCCAAGCUGCUGGGCUUUGACAGCUACGCUGCUUUGCAGCUGCAAUCGAGAGUAGCCAAGACACCGGAGCGCGUCCGAGAAUUCUUGCUGGAUCUGCAGUCAAAGCUGCGGCCAUGCGGCCUAGCAGCCGUACAGAAAUUGAGGGACCUUAAGCGAAACGAUGCGGACAAGGACGAUGAGAGUGACGAAUUCUUUCAUUGGGAUUAUGACUACUAUCACAGCCGGCUACUCAAGUCCCAGCUGUCCGUGGACAGAUCGCAGACUCGAGAAUACUUUCCUUUGCAAAGUACGACGUCAGCUAUUAUGGAUCUCUUCAGUGAGCUGUUUGGGAUAAGGUUCAUUGAGAUUAGAGCCGUCGAAGAUGAUGUCUGGCAUCCAAAUGUCCAGCUAUUCUCCGUCUACAAUGAUGCAAGUCAUGGGGCCGAGUUUCUUGGCUACUUGUAUCUUGAUCUCCUCCAUCGCGACGGCAAGUACCCGAGUGAAUCAGGCUUUAAUUUGGAGCCGGGAUUCACUCGAAAAGAUGGAACACGCCACUACCCGUCGACUGCCCUGCUUUGUGCCUUUUCUGAGCCAACACCGACCAAGCCGAGCUUACUCGGCCAUUUCGAAGUGACGACCCUUCUCCACGAGCUGGGACACUGCAUCCACGACCUGGUGUCCAAGACACAGUACUCGCGUUUCCACGGGCGCCAAGGCCUGGCCGCGGAUGUCGGCGAGCUACCCAGCCAAAUGCUCGAGUACUGGUGCCGGACCCCGUCGCAGCUCAAGGCGCUCAGCUACCACUACUCGCACCUCAGCCCGGCACACCUCGCCGCGUGGCAAGAGGAAAACGAAGGCAAGGCGCAGCCGGAGCCCGAGAUUCCAGACGAGCUUAUCCAGGUGCUCACGCAGGCGGGACGAUCGACGCUCGGCCCGCUGUUCCAUCUGGACCAGAUGCAUCGCGCCUCGUUUGACCUCACCGUCCACCAGAUUGCGAGCGAGGAGGAGGCCGAGUACCUGGACAUUACCGUGCUGUGGAACGCGUCGCGCAAGGAGAUGGGGCUCCUUGACGGACAAGAGGUCUUUGACGGAAAUUACACGCACGGGAACGGAUACGCCACCACCACGCACCUGAUGAUGCCCGACCACGCCGCUGGCUACUACGGCUAUUUGUACUCCAAGGUAUACGCGGCGGACUUGUUUUACAGCGAGUUCCAUGACCAUCCGCGGGACGCCGAGAGAUUCAAGCGCUAUCGACAGUGUGUACUUGAAAGCGGUGGUAGUAGAGAUGGGUUUCAGAAUUUGGUGAAUUUUCUAGGGCGUGAGCCAUCGGGCGAUGCCUUUUGUCACAGCUUGUUGAACUAG